CGACGAGCAUCACAACUGUCAAGACACGGCCUCUCACCAGCAUCCGACAGCUGCCUUGCCUGACACGCAGAACGCGCCACUUUCCAACCAUGUGCAUAAGCCUGCAGCAUCCCUGAGCUCUUCUCCUCCUUGCACUCGAGCUUUCCCUCCCUUCACCAGCCGGCUCACCCUGAGCUGCAGAGUGCAAUGGAUAUACAAACCCCAACCUCGUUCGCAGAGGUUGAGCAGCUCGUCGAGAGACUCUACUCUCCAAAUCAGCCACAGGUCAUUGCCCGCAUCCAAGAGGUGCUGCAGCAGGUCCAACGAUCAUCCGAGGGUUGGCAGCUCGCUUCAGCCCUGCUCGAGCGUCCCAACGUGAGCGUCAGGUUCUUCGGCGCGCUGACGGUUAUUGUCAAGCUCAACACGGAAAGACACAGCUUAUCCGACGAUGAUGCGAAUGCGGUUUUGCACCAGCUGGUCACCUGGCUCAUCACUUCCACCCAAGACCAGUCCGCUGUCAUCGUCACCAAGAAGCUGUGCUCGGCGCUUGUGACACACUUCAUCCAUUAUUCACAUGUGUGGCAGCGGCCUGUCGGGCAUCUCGUCCGCUCGCUGCAGAACGGUCAGCCAGCACCUGUCGAGGACAGUCCUGCUCGAGUGGGUGAGGCCAUUGAGGCGUUCAGCACAGAACGCGCACUCACGGCGAUCUGGUUCACUGCCUCCCUCGUUGAAGAAGCUGGCAAGACAGAUCUGAAAUCGACCAAAUACAUUGGUCUCCACGAGCGCCUCGUGGCGAGCGCAGAAGAUCUCACAGCCUUACUUGGCAGUUUCCUCAGAUCCUCUGGAAAUAACGCUAGCGCACAAGUGCGACAAGAAGCCAUCACCUGUUUGAACUCAUGGAUCACUUAUGCCCAGAAAAUCUCCAAACACACUUUGACGUCUGCACUGCAGAGCUUGAUCACGCCCACGAUAGAAUGCCUACUUGUGGACGAUCUGUUCGAGUCCUCUGUCGAACUGCUGACGAGCACCUUGGAGGAUUGGGAAAGCUUUUUCACGGCCGAGCACUACUCGAUACUCUACUCGGUCUUUCAAAGUCCGUGGGCGCAGCAACGGUACCAAACACUACGGCAGGGCGAUUUCGAGUUUGAGUCUCUUCAGUUCGGUCUUUUUAUGAUCGCCUUCGCCACCUCUCGUGUUGCCGAGUUGACGGACAGCUCCAAUCCCAGCGCACAAUCUAUCCUUACAAUUCUGGUCGAUUUACUGAAGGUCGAAGGCCACCCGACGGUAGAAGACAAAAUAUUUGUGCCUCUACUAGAGUUCUGGUCCAAUUUUGUCGAUACUCUGACGAUUGAAUACUCUGGCGACCUGGUAUGGGAUCAGCCGCCCUUGACUUUUGUCAAGGAGGUGGUGUCACACAGCUGGCGCAAGAUCCAAUAUCCGUCGUCAAGUACAUACGUAACUUGGGACUCGUCAGAGAAGGCAGGAUUCGGAGACGCUCGUCGAGAUGUUGCUGAUUUGUUACAAUUGGUGCACGGAAUCACGGGUCCUCCACUUGUCGCUCUGUUUGUUGAUUACAUCAUGCAGGCCCUAGAGCAGACAAAUUGGACAGAGGUAGAAUCUGCAACGUUUUGUCUUGGUGCGCUCUCUGACUCAGUGUCGGACGACACUUGCGAUGACAUAUUGGUCAAAGUGUUCGGGUCGCCUUUGUUCGAGCUGCUGCGCCAGCGCGACACAGUCCCAGGCCGGGCAAGAAGGACCUGUCUGUCCUUGAUAGAGCGAUACUCCGAGUUCUUUGGCCGCCACGAGCGAUUUCUGGCACCCGCACUGAACCUACUGUUUAGCGCCGUUGAUGACCAGCAGUUGGCGAUUUCUGCCUCCAAAUCGGUGCAUACGCUGUGCUCGUCGUGUAGACAGCUACUUGGACGCGAAGUCGAUGCCUUCAUCGGCCAGUACGAGUCCUUACGGUCGAGUCGAGAACUAGAAUCGAUAGUGGAAGAGAGGAUUGUUGGAGCCAUAGCAGCCAUCAUCCAGGCGAUCACAGAGACCCAAAUCAAAGCAGAGGCUUUCCGCAGACUGAUUUUGGUAGUCAGUCAGGAUGUCACGGCAUCUCUGCAGUUGCAUUCCACCGGAAGCCAGGCCAUCGAGCCGCAGGAGCCAAUAUUACGUCGGGCCUAUGAUCCGGCUGAUCUGCCGACUGUGCCUGUGCCGGCAUCCGAAGUAGCGGUGCUACUUGCGACAAGGUCUUUGCGAUGCCUUCUGAGCAUCGCGAAGGGGCUACAAGCGCCGUCUGAGCCGGAAGAUCUCGAUGCUGCUUCCGGUGCGGACGGUACCAAGACCACGCCAGAAGCAUUAGCUCAGACUCAAAUGGAAAUCUUGACUGUAUUGGCGCAACUCAAAGACACAUUCUCAUAUAGUACAGAGGCUGUUGAUGUGCUUUGCGCCAUUCUGCGAACGGGGUUCCCAGAGUUGGAUCCGGGUCCUUUCGUAUUUGAACCGCAUAUGGUUACUGAAUUUCUCACCAGCGCCUGGCAAAAUCGAAUUUCUACAGUAGUCAAUACUGCGUCAGCGUUCCUAAGCUCCCUACACCAUGGGAAGAGCGGAAAGGAAGACGUUGAGACAGCACUGCGCCGUCUUUUGCAGUGGACUCUGAGUGUCCUACACCAGCUCAAUGCAUCGGACGACGACCCGGAACUUGCCCAAUACGGGGUUGAGCUCGUCCAGAAAGCGAUCGUUCAGAGACCAGAGGUGGUCAUGUCUCAAUCGCCAGAAUCUCUCGAGUUCAUCUUCGAAUUUGCGUUGAAGCUGUUACGUGGCAGUGAGCCGCUACCGAAGGCUGCGGCCGCUGAUUUCUGGGCCACACUGAUCGUGGCAAAGUCUGCCGACCCCAAUACACAAGCAGCUCUUAGCAGCGCCCUAAACCACGUCGGCCCUGUCCUCUGCCAAGCCUUGAUGCAGAACGUCGGCGGCAAUGCCGCACGCAGCGAACUGGACAAGCUGUGCGACCCAAUCAAGAAACUAAUCACCGCCAGCGUCCAUGCCCGUCAAUGGCUCGAGAGUGCCUUGGCAGACCCUGCGUUCCCCAGCGACAAAGUCUCCGCGAAGGAGAAGGAGCUGUUUGUGAAGAAGCUCGUGGCUCUGCGAGGCCAGCGCGCCACUAACCAGGUGGUACGGGAGUUUUGGCUAGAGUGCAGAGGUCAGGCAUUCAUGUAUGCCUCAUGAUCUAGGACUGCGCAGGCAUAGCAUGUCAGAGAAUGUGAAUAUGGCAUUGAUCAAAGUGUGUCCCAUCUUCUUGGGUGGAUUCCGUGCCUUCACUUACAGCAUAUAGACCGCGUGGAGUCGAAGGCAUUACCAUAUUCUACCCAAAUGGAUGCAGUGCUCGAGUU